AUGGAUCCAGAGGUUCAAAAAGAGAGCAGAGAAGAUGACGAUGACAGGACAGUGGUUGCAGAGAUCAGGCGGAGAUGUUUUGUUCCAGCGUUUGUAACAACUGUCCCCUGGGAGGGGUUUUAUUUCGCUGGUCAUGAGAUUCGGAUCAAUGAAGCCACGGAUUGUUAUGGCGCUGUUGUUUGGCCAUCGGCCCUUGUUCUGUGCUAUUUUCUGGAAACUAACGUAAAGCAGUAUAACAUGGCCGACAAAAAUGUGAUUGAAAUUGGAGCCGGAACAGGGCUCGUCUCCAUUGUGGCGAGUUUACUUGGUGCACACGUGACUGCCACAGAUUUACCCGAGGUACUUGGAAACCUGCAGUAUAAUAUUUCCCGAAACACCAAAAUGAAAGCUAAGCAUCUGCCACAGGUCAAAGAGCUCUCCUGGGGUGUGGCUCUAGACAAGAACUUCCCCAGGGCUUCCACCAACUUCGACUACAUCCUGGCAGCCGACGUCGUCUACGCUCACCCGUUUCUCGAAGAACUCCUCAUUACCUUUGACCAUCUGUGCAAAGAGACCACCGUCAUCCUCUGGGUCAUGAAAUUCAGGCUGGAGAAGGAAAAUAAAUUUGUAGAUAGAUUUGAGCAGUUGUUUGACCUGGAGGAGAUUUCUAGUUUCCCUAGCCUGAAUAUUAAGUUGUAUAAAGCGAUGAAGAAAAAUCUGAAGAGUGUGUGUUACCCUCAAAGGAGGACGUGGAAAGCGAAGGCAAUUUCUGGUAGAUUAUUGCUUUAA